AUGGCGCCCCGGUCCGGUCGUCUAUUGCUGCAUACAAAGCGCCAGCUGCUGCUGUUGCUGCCGAUGUGCCUGGCGCUGGCCGUGGUAGUCUUCCUUGCGCUGGGCACGUGGGAGCUGGUUGUGGACACCGACAGAAGCGCGCUCCUAGUACCUACAGCAGAGAAUACCGACACUGAUCUGCCGCAGGUUCACCUCGAAGACUGUGCAGCACGUUUCUUUGAAGCGAAUUACAUGCGUUCGCUGCGGGAGACCUCCAUAGCAGAGCGGGACGCCGCACACCUGCGCCACGUCGGCGUCGACCACGUGUACAUCAUCCACUACACCCCACUGCGGUAUCGGCGGGGAAACCUCACAGCAAUGCUGCAGAUGCAUGGCGUAACGGGGGAGUGGGUCACGGGCUUCGACAAGGAGGUACUCAAUGAGACCACCGAUCACUGUUUUCACUACUUCGAUGCGCACAGUCUGACAGGAGCGAAGUCUAGUCGGUACGUCACGUCAGGCUUGUUCCCCAAGCCACUCGGGCCUGCGCAGCGCAGUGUCGUGGUGAAGCACUUCAGCGCCCUCUACGACGCGUACCGCCACAACUACCAGAGGGUCCUUGUCCUCGAGGAUGAUGUGCUGCUGCGCGCUGGUUUUGUGAGCCGUCUUGGCGAGGUUGUGCGUGAUACGCCGCCUGGCUUCGAUGCAAUUUUUGUUGGUGGGUGCAUGCGCUUCUACGCGUGGCGGCGCAAGACCAAUUCGGAGCUCAUCACGAAGCACAUAUACCGCAAACAGUCGUCGCGCUGCGCCCAUGCGUUUGUUCUAUCACAGGCUGGAGUUCGGAAACUGCUCCGGUCGUUGCCGCUCACAGAGCCUAUCGAUUUCCAGAUGAAUCUAGCGAUGCGGGAGGAGAAGAUGACGGUGUAUUGGGUGGAGCCCUGGAUGUCAGUGCAGGGGCAGUUUGGGGAGGCCACCUGUGUGACCAAGACAGAUCUCAAGGAUGCCGGUUCUUGUCGCUUUUCAACGUUGCAGCGCUACAGCCAAUCAUUUGAUUUGCGCUACGUGAACGACACCGAGGUCUUGAAGCGCUGGGAAAAUGUGCCGGCGUUCCGAAGCGUCCGUUGA